GAUGAUAAAACUGCAAAGAUUGAGGAGAUAAAUAAACAAAUGGUUGAAAAUCAGAAUAGUUUGAACAGGACUAUACGAGAGAAAGAGACACGCAUUGAAGCUUUGAAGUUAGAAAAAGGACAAUUGGAAAGUGAAUUACAGCAGGUUGAGAAGACAUUGGCAGACCAAGCAAAACAGUAUCAACAAACUAUAGAUGAACUGACCCGAGCAAGGUCUAUGGAUGCAACUGCUUUACAAACUGAACAUGAAAAAGCUAUCAAACUCAACCAAGAGAAAGAAAUGGAAAUUGGACAGCUUAAAAGAGACAUAGAGCAAUUGGCGUCUGAUCACAGAGACACCAAUGAGAUGCUUUCCAUGACUGUUGCUGGGCAGAAACAGCUCACUGACUUGUUGCAAGAGAAAGACAUGUUUGUGGAAACUUUAAAACAAAAUGCAGCGGAAUUGCAGAAAGAACUGGAAAGUAAAAUUUUGAUUUCAACUAAGGAAACUGAAAGCCUUAAACAAGCUGUGGAAGAGAAAGAUAGACAGUUGGGAGGUAUGAAAGAAGAAAACAGUCAUUUGAAAGAGGAGAUUGAUAGAUUAAGGGACCAGCAAAGUAGGCCGCAAAUACAAUCUGAACCUAGGACUUUGGACAUAAUUACCGAAUUAGAAACUGAAAUCACGCAACUUAAAUCUUCUCGUAAUGGUUUGGAAGAAGAGGUAAAUAUGCUAAAGAGGACAUUGGAGGAACAGCAAGCUUCUCUUGUCCUAUCGCAGAAAUCCAUUCAAACUCAGCAAAGUGAGCUAGAGCAGGCCCACUCAAGGCUCCAACAAUCAACACUUAAUUAUGAUCGGCUGAUUCACGCCAAAGAUGAAGAAAUUGUAAGAUUGAAAGAAAAUAUUGAAAGAUUAGGAGAAAGAAGGCUUGAGUCUACCCCUGGUGAAAUCAUUUUGCAAGAAGAUAAGACGCAAACACUAAACCAAGAAAAUGGCAACGAAAAACAUGAUCUGUCUAAAGUUGAGAUCGACAAACUGGUCAAAGGUAUAAAGGAAAAAGAGACAGAAAUUAGUCAGUUGAAUGAGAAGAAUAUGUCCCUUACAAAGCAGUUGGAUCAGCUGGUUGUGUCUCGCGAUGAGGUUGGUAAACUUUCGCAAAUGAUUUUACAGAAAGAUUUGGAGAUUCAAGCGCUUCACGCAAGGGUGUCUCUGGGUGGAGGAGGUCAUAACCAGGACAUCUUAUACCUUCAACAACAGAUCCAAGCUUACGCAGUGGAAAGGGAGCAAGUUCUAGCAGUUUUGAAUGAGAAAACUAGAGAAAAUAGCCAGUUAAGGUCUGACUAUCAUCGCCUUAUGGAUAUUAUGGCUGGGAAGGAGGCUGCGUUGGUAAAACUACAACAAGAAAACGUACGGCUUUCAAAUAUGAGCGAUCCAACUGGUAGUCAAGAAAUGUUCAAAGAGACUAUUCAAAAUUUAUCCAGAAUUAUCAGAGAGAAAGAUAUCGAAAUUGAUGCCCUAACGCAAAAAUGCCAGACGCUUGUCACAGUCUUGCAAACUUCGGGAGGCGAUUCAGGUGGAGGAUCUGGUGGGGUCAGUAGUAAUCAAUUUGAAGAGUUACUACAAGAAAGAGAUACUUUAAAACAACAGGUUAAGAAAAUGGAGGAGUGGAAAAUGCAGGUGAUCACAACAGUUAAAAACAUGCAACACGAAUCGGCACAACUUCAAGAAGAACUUCUCAAAUUGCAAAACCAGAUUUCGGCUGAUAGUGAUUGUAGUUCUAAAUUGUCGGUUGAUUACGCACGCCUCAUUCAAAACUAUGAACAAAAGGAAAGAAGACUGGGAAGUUUGAGUCAAGAGUUAGCUCAGGUUCAACAGACAAUCACACAACUGAGCUCUACAAAGGAUGUCUUAUUGGGGAAACUGGACAGUGUAGCUCCUACUGCUGAACUUGGUCAAGCAAGUGCACCAUUGGAGGUAAAAAUCCAGCAAACAUCUUCAGUAGUAAAGGAUGAUACGCAAGAGGUAGCAUUGUUGCGUAGCCAGCUAGCUGAGAAAGACAACAUCAUAAAAACAUUGCAAGAAAACAAUCAUAGACUUGCAAAUUCUGCAUCUGCUUCAGAAAUGGAGCAGAGAAGUCACGUAGAAGAGGUGAGACAAGUUAAAGAUCGACUAGACGCAUUGCAAAGAACAGUUCGUGAGAAAGAUUUGCUUAUAAAAACCAAAGGUGAUCAGUUGAGUAACGUUAGCGAGGCUUUGAGAAACAAAGAAAAUGACAAUGAAGUUUUGAAGCAAGCCGUGACCAAUUUGAAGGAGCGUGCGCUGAUUUUGGAGAUGGAUGUGAAGAAGCUGAAGGAGGAGAACGAAGCAGUGGCAGCAAAGUCGAGAGAGAAAGAGUCUGAGUUUAGAGCAUUACAGGAGACGAAUAUGCAAGUCUCACUGCUGCUACGAGAGAAAGAGUUUGAACUGAGCGCCAUGAGUGAGAAGUCUGCCACAGUGGAGAGGAUGCUCAAGGACAAGGAGCAGGGCAAGUCUGGAGAGUUGAACCAGCUCCUGAAUGAGUUGAAGUCUAUGCAAGACAAAGCAGUGGCGUUUCAACACGAGAGGGACCAAGUGAUGAUGGCUCUUAAGCAAAAACAAAUGGAGACCACAGCUGUGCAGACUGAGCUUCAGCAUGUGAAGGACAAAGAGCAGCGUCUGAACCUGGAGUUGGAGAGACUUCGUAAUCACCUUUUGGAGAUUGAGGAUUCAUACACAAGAGAGGCGCUGGCAGCAGAGGACAGAGAGACAGAGCUGAGGAGGAGGGUGGUGCUGCUGGAGGAGAGACUGGCCACGUCCUCCAGCGCAGUGGAGAACGCUAGUCAACAGGCCAGUAUGCAGGUGGAGUCCCUACAGGAGCAGCUCAGUGGAGUUGUGAGGCAAAGAGACGAAGCUUACGCUCAACUCCGGACAGCUCAAGACCAAGUGCAACAGUACGCAGUGUCACUUUCCAACCUGCAGAUGGUGCUAGAGCAGUUUCAACAAGAAGAGAAAGCCAUGUACUCAGCUGAACUGGAGAAGCACAAGAGGGAGAAGGAAGACUGGAGAAAGAAAGCUGAGAGGUUAGAAGGGCAAGCAUCUGCUCUACAGUUGAAUCUUGAUGAAGCCAAUGCUGCUUUGGAGUCUGCAUCUCGUCUCACUGAUCAGCUCGACCUGAAGGAGGAGCAACUGGAGGAAAUGAAAAAACAAGUGGACAUCAGACAGGAGAUGUUGGAGGAAGCCCAGAGGAAAUUAAUGAAUCUCCUGAACAGCACUGAAGGAAAAAUAGACAAAGUCCUGAUGAGGAAUCUGUUCAUGGGAUACUUCCAUACUCCGAAAUCCAAACGUGCUGAUGUCCUGAGGCUCAUGGGGAGUGUGCUGGGUCUGAGCAGAGAAGAUGUGGAUAAGAUGCUGGAGGAGGAUGGCAGACAUGGAGUGACCGGCUGGGUGUCGAGUUGGUUGGGAGGAAGAGGAGCUCAGAGUGUCCCAAACACGCCCCAGAGACCCACCAGCACACAGUCCCUCAACUCUUCCUUCUCUGAGAUGUUUGUGAAGUUCCUGGAGAUGGAGUCAACUCCGAGUCUUCCAGCUCCAAAACUCCUGGACAUCAAACCUCUGAAUGCUCCUCCACAGAGAAAAGGCAGUGGAGCCACCUCUUCUUCAACCACAGGAUCGGUUCCUGGUAAGCGCCCCGGGGAGUUGAACCCUUUCUUAGCCCCUCGCUCUGCUGCUGUGCCUCUGCUUGGGGCCCCAGGACCCUCAUCCUCCACAGGACACCUGCUCAUGAAGCCCAUCUCAGAUGCCCUGCCCACCUUCACCCCUGUGCCUGUGUCUGGAGAGGCUAGUGGAGGCGCUGCUGUUCUCAAAGACUUACUCAAGCAGUGACCAGCGCCAAACCAGUGACAAGACAAACUGAGCUGCAACUGAAUAAAGAUCAUCUCUGCUGGGAGAAACUGAAACACUAUGUUGUUGAGAACUGCUCUCUAUGCAAUGAAAGAUUUAUUUCUCAUCUUUUAUAAGUGCAUUUAACAAAGGACUUUUGGGAAGGAUUGCAUUGCAGACAUCUGAUAACGGUUUGAAUAAUUAUCUUUAUCAUUAUACUUAAGGAGAAACUUCCAUUUCAGCAGAAAACUAUUUCUGAUUCAGGCUUAAACCUGGCAGCAUCAUCUGUGCUGGGAUUUAUGUGGUUCCUCUACAUCUGUUAAAACCAUACAGACAUUUUUUUGCUUUUCUGUCUUUUCCCUUUGGCCAGACUGCAGUGUGCAAUAAGCUUUGCAAUUAUGGCUGCAUCUGCGGUGGAUCUGUUGAAGUACACAACUAUUAUAUAGUUUUAUAUAUAAAAUAUGGGGGGGCUGUUGUAUUUAUCGGCACAGUGGAAAUAAUGGAAUAAAGUGCCUGCACUUUUGUUAGAUGUCUGUGUGAAUCCAGAUUGUAAAUGGUUAAUAUAAAAACAGAUAAUGUAAAGUAUGGUUUUACCUGAGACAGCUGUCAGUCCAUGUCCACUGAAGCUACAUUUUUGUAUAGACUUAAAUCUAGAAGAAGAAUGCUACAGAGUUUCAGAUGUUUCAAUGAACCUGUACAAAUGUAAAUUGGAGCCAUUGGGUUUUAUAGAUAAAUAAAAAUCAGGAAAGAAUCACAUUUGUAUAAGCUUUAAGGUAGUUGCCAUUGAAUUUGCAUUUUCAAAACAAAUAAAGGUACUACUGAACAUA